AUGGAAUUCCUUCAGGAAAUUGUCAUCCUGCAUAGGAGCAAAGAAGAAGAAACAAAAGAAUUCAAAAGAAUCCAAGGAAUUAAAAAAAAACAGAAGGACCAAUUGCUUCGAGAAUCAAAGGAGCCAGGUGAAGUGAGAAGAAAUCCCGAAUAA